UAUAAGGCAGGCUUUUGCUGAUAUGCGAACAAAUGCUGAUCUGAAAGGAGGGCCUAACUGAGUGCAAGUCGUUUGGAACCACCAUCAUGACGACUGAAGAAGAAGAGAUGGCGGAGGUUCGGUCGCGGCGUAAGAAGCACACAUACAGCGUAUCUCAGGUGCCUUCCGUGGACGACGUGCACCUGGCGCACGCAGACACGUCAGAGGGUUUCUUUGCCCGUGGGCGAGAGUUUGAGAGUGUGUACGUGAACCACCGCUAUACCACACAGGAGCGCGAGGAACUGUCAAAAUUUGACAGUCUGGACUACCUGCCGUCACACAGCUUCGCCUACAAAAACUGGAUCAAGCGGCAGCCAAGCAGGCUGGACUGGGACCGCUGGGUGAUGAUGGGUCUGAUUGGGUUCUCUGUGGGGUUUCUGGGGUUCCUGCUUCACCAGAUUAUCGAGAUCAUCUCUGAGUACAAGUGGGAGAAAGCUGAAGACUUCAUCAGGGAUGGAGACAUAGCCGUGGCGUACAUCUGGGUUCUGGGCAUCAGUCUGCUGCUGGUUAUAGUGGGGUCCGUUCUGGUCGUGUACUUCCGGCCAUCAGCAGGGGGCUCUGGUAUGCCUGAGCUGAUCGGGUUUCUGAACGGGACGGUUGUUCGGCACAUCUUUAACGUGAAGACGUUUGCAGUGAAGUUCCUGUCCUGUGCCUGUGCCGUGGCCAGCGGGCUGCCUGUGGGGCCGGAGGGGCCCAUGAUUCACAUGGGCGGCCUGAUUGGAGCCGGUUUGAGCCAGUUCCGGUCGGGAACUCUCGGGUUUGCGCUGCCGUUUUUCCAGAGGUUCAGGAAUUCGGAAGACAGGAGGAACUUUAUCCAGGCAGGGGCCGGCGCUGGUGUUGCUUCUGCAUUCGGAGCGCCCGUCGGAGGUUUGCUGUUUGCUAUGGAGGAGGUUUCGUCGUUCUGGAACAUGAAGCUGACGUGGCAGACAUUUUUCUGCUGCAUGAUCGCGACCUUCACCACCGACCUUUUCAACUCAGCCUUCACCAGUUUCCAGUACAAGGGCAGCUUCGGGCUCUUCAGGGCCGAGAAAUACAUCCUGUUUCAGGUCCGUAACGAGAUCCCUGUGAACAUCCUGGCGUUCGUGCCGACGGUUGUACUGGGCGUGCUCGGUGGCCUGCUGGGCGGGCUCUUCACCUUCUGUAACCUGAAGAUCGUCCGCGGCCGCCGAGCGUUGCUCGCUAAACUGUCCGACGACUGGAAGAGGAAAGUCGUCCGCGUCUCCGAACUCUGCAUCAUUAUUACCCUCACAGUGACGGCCUCAGUGUUCCUGCCGGCUGCGUUCCCCUGCAGUCCCUUCACCUGCUACAGUUCUCACAGGUACCCUUCACCUGCUACAGUUCUCACAGGUGUUGCCAAUAACACAAAACUGUAUCCCCCCAUGCAGACCCUCACAGUGACAGCCUCAGUGUUCCUGCCGGCUGCGUUCCGCUGCAGUCCCUUCACCUGCUACAGUUCUCACAACGAUGUCAUCAGGAGUCCUGAGUGCCUGUCGCCUGAGAACCACACCAUCCACACAGAGAAUGACGUUUCUCUCUACACCUGCCCUCCCGGCGUGGUCACCAGGUUUGACAACAACUCUCUCACCACCAACAAGACAUUCAACCAAGUUGCGACCCUGAUGUUUGUGACGGGAGAGGAGGCGAUCCACCACCUGUUCUCCCGGGAGACGCACCACGAGUUCAGCUACGGGCCGCUCUUCGCCGUUCUCGCCAUCUACUUCUUCCUAGCCUGCUGGACCGCCGGGUCUGCCAUCUCAAGCGGACUGGUCGUGCCCAUGGUGUUAAUAGGGGCGCUGUACGGGCGGAUAGUCGGCCUGUCCAUGGUCUCCAUGUUCGGAGUGAUGGACAAGACAGUGAACGAGUACUGGGCCUGGAUGGACCCGGGCGCCUUCGCCCUGAUCGGAGCCGCUUCGUUCUUCGGAGGAGUUUCCCGCCUCACCAUGUCACUCACUGUCAUCAUGAUGGAGAUGACCAAUGACGUGCAGUUCCUCCUGCCCAUCAUGGUGUCCAUCAUGGUUGCUAAGUGGGUGGGUGACUUCGUGACCCAUCCCCUGUACCACGCGCUGCUGGAGCUGAAGUGUAUCCCCUUCCUGGACGCAGAGCCCGUCAUCAUACACGAGGGGGACAAACCAGUGAACCUGGAGCUGCACAUGGCGCGAGACGUUAUGGCGGCCCCGCCCUGCGUCAUCUCCACACGGGAGUCCGUCGCUAACCUCGCACACCUGCUGCUGGACACCCCCCACGGGGGCUUCCCGGUGGUACAUUCCAGCAGGGAGGGGCAGGACAAGACCUUCUACGGCAUGAUAACCAGAAUAGAGCUGAGUGUGAUCCUGUUCCAUCCUGAACUGUUCGAGACGAGAGAAAACCCGUCUGAAGAAGACCCAGAAGUCACACUGCUGGACUACCAACAGACAACUAUCCACAAGUUGUACAACACGGACGAGAUUGAGGAGCUUCUGACCAAAUUUUGUGACGAUCCUGAUUAUGAACAACAGUUUGUCAACUUGCAACCGUACGUGAACCAGUCUGCGCUGUCAGUGCGGGACAACUUCUCACUCCACAGAACCUACAUCAUCUUCCGCACACUGGGCCUCAGACAUCUCACCGUCGUGGACGAUACCAACAAGGUCGUGGGCAUCAUCACCAGGAAGGACCUGAUGGGGUUCCACCUGGAGGAGUCGCUGGCGGCCAUCUUGCAGCAGCAGCUAGAGCAGAACAACAUCCGGGUCGAGAUGGCCGAGGUCACCGACAUGAACAACAGCACAACGGCAUGACGUCACCAUGGUAACAAUAAACAGUAAACGAUAGUGUUGCCAUGGCAACAUAGCAGUAAAUAAGAUACUAGUAACCUGUAGGAUACAAGUUGCAAGGUUGUUGUUCUACUGGAUUUAGUUAUCAACAGCACAACGGCAUGAGGUUGCCACGGUGACGAGACAGUAAACAAUAGUGUUGCCAUGGCAGCGUACCAGUAAACAAGGUAACCAGUAGGAUGCAAGGGGCAAGGUUGUUUGUUGUGUUGCUGGAUGUAAGAAUCAGGGACCAGACAUUUUAUACACGGAUGCAAUGUUUGUAUUUAUAUAUGUUGACGUUCGUGAGCCAUUCGUAGUACUUAUUUGAUCAGUAAAUGUACAAAACACAGAGAUCACUAAGAUUAUAUAAUGAGAUUUAAGUUUAUUACUGUUACAUGUAUGUGCAAAAAAUAAGCAAGUUGAUUAUAUCUGAUAUUCAAAGACUUUUUUAUGCAGGUGAGGGUUUUAGGCUUGCCAAACGUGUUCCAGGUGACAAAUCUUUAUAAAUUACCUGUGAUAAGAUAAUUUUAGUU